GAGCGGGGCGGGGCGGGGGGCGCGGCCAGCGCGGGCCCUCCCGCACCCUGCGCGCCGCGGGGCGGGCAGCGGCGCCCCGGGCGGGCGCGGAGCGGCGGCCGAGGCCGGGGCGGCUGCGGGCGGAGCGUGACCGCGGCCGCCGGCAGGAUGUCGGGCUCGCGCUGCCAGACGCUGUACCCCUUCUCGGGGGAGCGGCACCGGCAGGGGCUCCGCUUCGCCGCGGGGGAGCUGAUCACGGUGCUGCAGGUGCCGGACGGCGGCUGGUGGGAAGGGCAGAAGGAGGACGGGCUGCGCGGCUGGUUCCCGGCCAGCUACGUGCAGCUCCUGGAGCAGAAACCCAGAAAGGCAACUCCUCAGACAGGAGAAGAUACCUUGAACGGCCAUCUUCCCCCCGGCUGGCAGAGCUAUAUGUCUCCCCAGGGCCGAAGGUACUAUGUGAACACCUUCACAAAUGAAACGACCUGGGAGCGGCCAAGCAGUGUGCCUGGGACUCCAAAGAGCCCUGUGUCACAGAAGAGUUCUGCAGUGAAUGGCUACCACAUCUCUGGGACCCCGGUACACCAGCUUGACUCUGGUCAUAUGAGCCUCCGAAAAGCCAGUGGGGACCCUCAGACCCCGGGGUCCCCGGCGGCGCCGCGGCGGCAGAGCAAGGAGAGCAGCCUGACGAUAAACUCUGUGACUUUCCCCCACCCUGACAUAAUGCCAGAGCAGCAGUUGCUGAAACCUUCGGAGUGGAGCUACUGUGAUUAUUUCUGGGCUGAUAAGAAGGAUUCACAAGGGAACAAUACAGUGUCGGGAUUUGAAAUUCUUCUUCAAAAGCAACUAAAAGGGAAGCAAAUGCAGAAAGAAAUGGCAGAGUUCGUUCGAGAAAGGAUAAAGAUUGAGGAGGAAUAUGCUAAGAACCUGUCCAAACUGUCUCAGAAUUCCUUGGCUUCUCAGGAAGAAGGCACACUAGGAGAGGCUUGGGCUCAGCUAAAGAAGAGUCUAGCUGAUGAAGCAGAGGUGCAUCUCAAAUUUUCUUCUAAGCUUCAGAGCGAGGUAGAGAAACCCCUGCUCAACUUCAGAGAGAACUUUAAGAAAGAUAUGAAGAAGUGUGACCACCAUAUAGCAGACUUACGGAAGCAUCUGGCCAGCCGCUACACAGCAGUUGAAAAGGCCCGGAAAGCCUUGACAGAGAGGCAGAAGGAUCUGGAAAUGAAAACACAGCAGCUAGAGGUGAAGCUCAGCAACAAGACAGAAGAGGAAAUCAAGAAGGCGAGACGGAAGUCCACGCAGGCGGGAGAUGACCUGAUGCGCUGUGUGGAUCUUUACAAUCAAGCCCAGUCCAAGUGGUUUGAGGAAAUGGUGACCACCACUCUGGUCAGCUUCCAAGAAAAAUAUGGACUUGUUUUUCUUCGUGUCCAGGAGCUUGAAAGACUAGAAGUUGAAAGGGUGGAGAUGAUUCGGCAGCAUCUUUGCCAGUAUACACAGCUGCGGCAUGAGACAGACAUGUUCAACCAAAGCACAGUAGAGCUCGUGGAUCAGUUGCUUCGGAAAGUGGAUCCUGCCAAAGACAGGGAACUGUGGGUAAAAGAACACAAAACUGGAGAUAUCCGACCUGUGGACAUGGAAAUAUAGACUGAUCUAUAGUUGUAUGUGACGAGUCCACUGAAUUAACCAGGCUAAUGUUUAUUUUUAAGGGUCAGAAGAGCAUAGGGAAAACGUUGUUCCACUACCAGACACCGUGUAAUUUAUGCCUGUGCGGGCUCUCUGUUACAUUUAGUCAUUAAAACAGUCCUCAUUGUGCUAAGCCUUAAGCACCAGACAUUCCAGGGUGAAGAAACCAGGUAUGUGCUUCCCACCAGAGGUUCCCAAUUGCACGCAGCUUCCAGAGGAAAUUUGCUCUCUGAGCGCGCUGUUCUUCAGUGACUUUGUGCUACGUCCCUUGCAUGACUAUCUUUAUACAGUAUGUUAGAACAACCAUGCAGUGAGCCUCUGGCCAGUAAGUAGAUAACUGUUUGAACAUGACGCAGGAGGCAAGGAAGUCCUGAUCAUGAAUCCCAGGUCUGUUGCUGACUGCUUUCAUGGCCAUAGGCAAGUCAAUUAACUUUUCUGGCUCCCCAUCUAUAAAACACACAUAUCUCGCAGCAGCAUUGUGCGAAUACAUUUAUUUCAUAUGACAGUUUCCCACCAUGGCAGUGAAGUGAUGGCCCUUCUCCCAAAAUCUAUGGAGAAGACUCCUGUUCUUCCUGUUUUAUACUCCCUCUCAGGGAUACAUAAACCCAUUAUCAUCAUGAUUUCUGUUCCAGGCCAAUCGAUAAGGUUGAAAGUGUUACCAUCACCAUUAUUUAUCAGGAAAGACUUGAUGUGCUAUACCUACCUCAUUAGCUGUCUGAGUGCCCUCAAUGACAGAAAGAGGUUAUAUACCAAGGAAUAAAUGAGAUAUUCAAAACCUUUCCUGCUUAUGCAAGAUAUUUUCUCACAGAAUCUCCUUAAAGACAGUCACCUAACAUAUUAUUUGAGAUCCGGGUUUAAAUUGCCCUUUGUUGGUUCCUUCAGCUGAAUAUCACAGCCUUUAGGUAUCUUUAAUUACCAAAUUUGUCCAGCUAAAUUGUGAGGUUUAUCUUCUUAGAGACCGAUUUUCGAAGGUAUCAUGAGUAUGUGAUGCUAGAUGGCAUUGAAUGUAGAUGUAGGUGCCCAGCACUUCUGGACCAUCAGUCUUAACCUUAGGUUUUUCCUUUGUUACCCUUACUGCAAACUACCAACAAUUCAACACUGCUCUUGGCCCAUAGUGUUAUGUAGUUUGGAGUCUGAUUUUGAAAAGGUACUCAUUUUCUUCUGCUGUUACUUCUGAUUGAUUAUUCGGUGUUGCUGUUAAUAUAUUUUUCAACAUUUCAUACAAUGCCAAGAUUCUUGAGAUUCUUGCUUUAGAUCCAGCGGAAACCUUGAUUCUCACCACUGUGGCCUUUACUCAGUGUUUACUGUCUUGUUAUCUACAGUUUCCCAAACCAUACUGUUUCAUUUGAUUAACAGUUAUGCUCCACUUGAUCUCGUCGUUACCAUCCUUUUUUCCCCAACACCAAAACUGCAUCCUUCUUUUGUUCUACUACUAUUCUAGGUUUGUGUUCACCAGCCUUAAAGUGCUGUGAUUGGAUCAUUGAGAAUUAAUAUUCCGCUUUACAAAUACAAACUGAGACACAGAGAAGUCUUACCUGAAACAUAUUUUUAAUAUUACUGCAGUGAUUAUUUCUCUGGCGUGUUAUUUCAAGCUGAAUUCUGUUGCAUUUUCCUGUUGCUCCCUUUUUCUCAACCAUCUCUUUAUCAGUAUAGAUUCAUUCCUGUCUUGCAAAUGCCUCCACAACCCACUUCUCUGCUCUGUCAUUAACCUUUAUAAAUCUUUGCACAUUGGCAGGUGCAAUGCCGUGACCACUGCGUGCUCAGGAUCACUGUUCCUGCCUGGUGUGACACCUCCUGUACUGCACUUCCAUUACACACUUCUGAAUUUGCAACUACUAUUUUAUUCUCUGUGUUGGAAGCAUCUGGCACACUGUUACACGAGUCUCUCCUAAGUUCCUGCAAAGAACAUUGCAAUACAAAUGCAACAUGGUUUGCCUAGGCGUUGCAUAGUCCUUGAGCUCAGUUAGAGUACAUACACUUCCCUAGACCCCGCUUCUGCUGCUCAAGCAGGGAAGUUUCAUGAUGAUCCCUCUUUUUCAGUCUUCCUAUUGCUUCACUCUCUGUCCUAUUAAUUUUUUUUGCAUACCAAUGUAUACUUUUCCUAUCUCUACCAUGCACUUUGGAGGACAGGCACUUUUUUUUUUUUUUUUAAACCACAGGUGCAGGGUGAGCUUUCAAAACUUCAAUGGCCAAAAAUAACUGGAGUACUUAAGAGCUGCAUCUCAGGUCUACCCCUGUAUUCUAAGCUGUAUUGUAAAUUAAAAUGAGCAAUCUUGACCACAUUCUUGUUUUGAUUGGAAAACCAGCUAGGUGUGCACUUUAUACGGUAUUCUCCUUAAUAAAUAUCUGAAAUAAUCUGUUAUCAAUUACACUUUAUUUUUCUUCUUUCUUUAAAAAUGUUUGUUGUUUUAUCUAUUUUGGACUGGAAAUACUGUCCAUUAGCACAGGUUUCUCUGAGGACUGAAAUGUAUUUUAGUUCCUCUACCAAGGUGUAUUUAAGCUGCUCUAAAUUCUCAGUUGUGUUUUCCGGUAAUUUUUUUCCCUUUUGUUUUGUUUCCAAACAGUUUUCCUACUUCUAGUUUUUGGUCCAUUCGAAAUGUUGCAGGAAUGUGUGAGCUGCACAGAACAAUAAUUCUCUUGAUGGAGUCUGUAUCUCUUUUUCACUUCAAUAAUCUGAGGAGAGCACUUGUACCGGACUGUUAAUCUUUACCAGGCCCAGCAAACUCUCACGGGGUGCUGCUCUGCCACGGGUGAGAUGCUUCCUCUACAAGGCUUUCAUCUGUAAUCGGUGGAAGCGUUAGGGAAGUCUUACUGUUGCUUGUAGACAGUUUUCAGCUUAUUUCCUGCAAAAGAUGAUAUUCCCUUGUGAUACAACACUGCGGACAGUGGGAUCAGUGUUACCUGGCUCAUUCACUUCUGUGGCUGAUGGAUCCUGGACAGUGUGACGCCUUACAAGUCAGGGAGUGCUGGAGCCUCUGUGCUUCCAAACGGACAUCAUCUUCAAAGCAGGCAGUGGCAGGUUCGAAGGGAAGCAUGGAUGCCUGCCCUUGUGUUUGUUCCUAACAAGGUAACUGGGAGUUUCAGCACUGCUCUAUUCAUCUUCCAUUGAGUUGCAAAACCGCAGUUGAACCCAUGCAAUAAUUAAACAGCUUCUUCUCCAGAGCAAGAUCAAGCUUCAUGUUAUGUUAAAAUAGGUAGCAUGUGAAAAGCAUGAUGAUGUUGCAGUGUAACUGAUUAACAGGAAUAGCAAAGCAAGUCUCUUGCCGCCAUAGGUACUGAGCUUAAGGGUCAUCUCACUUCGUCUGGCAGGUGGGCUCACACGCUUGAUGCUAGUUUUUAUUGUUUUAGUCACUACAAGUAUCAGUCUAUUUUUUUUGAGUGACAAGGCUGUCUUACAUCUUAAUACAGUUCUGUUGUCACAGAGCAGAAGGUGAGCUUUUGAUUAGUACUGUUUGCUUUCACCUGAAGAGGUGCAAUUAGUGGGAAUUUGCCUCUGUUUUUUUCCUGGUAGCUUUGCUUGCCCAGAUCUUUGUUGAAGCUACCUGUGUUUCAGGAGUCCUGCUGCUCCUGCGAAGCUCCCUCUUUGUCUAAGCAAUGUUGUCACAUACUUGUCUCAUGCUGCCAAGCCUCUGGCUCCCUGGUGACCUGCUUCAGCCAGAGCCUUUUGCCCCUUUUGCUCAAGGACUUUGAAUCCGUUGGGUGUCCUGAAUCCAGUGCCAAAGGUGGUGAGGUGCUUACCAGCUGUAACAUUAGCUGCCAUACAGAAUGAGAACGUUUUAUUCAUCAUCCAUACCAGCCUACUUCUGGUAUGGUUUACUCAAUAGAGUCCUUGUUGGAAGUCUUUUUCUAAGGUGUUCUUUCGUUCUGAAUCCAGUGCUGUUGGCUGAUUCCUGUUGCAGUUAAUGAGCGGAAAGCCACGAGUCCCUUACCACAUGGGCCUCGGGCACUCUCUUCCCAUCACUGGUGAGAGUCCAGUUGCUUUCAUAGAGCAACAUCCAAAAUGGCCUAAUUUUCAGAUUUCCAAUUUUCUCCAGCCUCACUCACAUCUGUAACUCACGUUUGUUCAUCAUUGCUAUGUGUUGAGCAUCUUUUGAAAGACUUCAGUUGUUCCCUUAUAGGAAUGUUAUUUCAUUAUUUGACACUGGGAUUUUUAGCGAUUGUUAAAAUACCGUAACAGCAGUUAAAGUCAUAUGGAAAUCCCUGUUAUGUUUCUAGAAUACUUUUCCCCCUCUGCAGCCCUGCCCGCGUUGCUGUGGGGUAGUUGUGCUCCCCUUCCAUGUUGCACAGUUACAGUAAACACUAAAAUCAUUCUUCCUUUCGUGCAUAACAGGCAGCAUGCAAACUUGUGCUCUGGUUCCCUUUACACUUUAUGCAUCUGUGCAGUUUUGUGCUGCAGAAUUAACUGCUUUUUGUUUAACUGACAGCCCCAUGCUGUAAUGUCAUUGUGUGUAGCUGUCUUGUGACAGUGAACUGCACGCAGAUCACCUUUUGGUUUUUUGUUGUUUGGUUUUUUUGCUAGCAAGAGUUUUCUGUAAAGCAUUCACAGGAAACUUUACAUUCACAUGCUCAGUGGCAGUCAUAAUUUCUCAGACCUUCUCAGAACCUCUUUAAAUUUGUCCCUGUUUUUAAUGUCAUUAUUUAAAUAUUUGCUGCAAGUUAGAGUGGUUAUGUAUAAAUGUGCAGUCUUCUUUUCACCUGCUCUUUGGAAGUGCUCAGCACUCAGAGAUUUCUUGGAACACAACAGGGACCAUGUAGGUGAUAAAAGACUUUGAAAAUCAGGCUAACAAAUAGAAAUGCACAAGCCUCUUUUCUCCGUAGUCGCUGACUACAUGCAUAAGGUAAACAUUAAGAAAUGAGAGCCUCAAAUACUUAAUGUGUAAGACCUAGCUGCUAUAUGUGCAGUUCCCAGCAGCUCCACGAGUGACCCCGUGUCGGGCUGUGGUUGGAAUGCAGCUCAACACAUGGGCCUGCAGCUUACCUCCUGAUGCAGCUGUAAAAACUCAAGUCCAAAAUUAAGUGAAAAGGUAGUUCUGCCCAUCUAUUGCUUCAGUCACACACACGGAGAAGAGCAGCACUGCUUUACCCAGGUGGGUUCUUCACUAUCAAGCACCUUAAGAAAUCCAGACCAGCACCUUGAAGGUCCCCCUGGAAUGAGUAGAUGUGAAUUCUUGGUGUGAUCAUUUGAUUGUUUCCUUCAGAAUUGAAAAUGUAUUUACAAUUUUAUAGUAGCUAGUGUGCUCUUUUGCACUGGUGCAGCCUGGGUCUGUUCCCAGAGAUGGCAGUCAGAGUCUGGUGUCCUGGAGGCAGUCCUGGUCACCCUGACAUUUCUGCUUUGUGACAACUAAGUCUUCAAAAGACAGUGAAAAAGGCAGUUUUCAAAAUAAUGAGCUUUCCUGAUCACAGACCUUUCUGGAAAGUCUGUAAGCUUUUUGCUGCUCAGUAUGCGUUGAAAUAGGAGAAUGAGGUCCCAGAGGUUGCCAAAGCAUUGCUGUGAAUGGUUCUUGCUGUGUGGGCACUCCUCCUGUGCUCGUACAGUGGUAGGGAACGGCUAAGGGGUGUCCUGUCCUUCUUUGCACAGCAGAGGUGUCCUGCAUUUCACCAGAGGAGCCUGCUGGUCCAUUGAACUCAGCCAGCUGGGCAAUAGUCACAGGCAGAUUCAAAUUAAAACCCAGACGCACAGGGCAGGAAAAUAUUUAGCUGCCCCAGUGGCAUUUGAGCUUCUCAACAUGUGGCACUUGUGUCCCUCAGAUCCUGACAGGUCCAGUAACGGCCUCAUCACUCUCCAAAUUCUGCUUAGCACAUGAAAAUCAGUGAUGAAACGUUCCCUUGUAUCUAUUGCUUGAUACAGGGCACUGCAACUAGCACCUGGUCGUGCCAGUGGAAGACCGGGUGUGGCAGUGCCACGCUGAUGACUACGGAAUGGUUUUUGGUGGUUGGCAGCGCUGUGAUGUCCUGUGCCCUUGCACUGAACUGACUGUAAGUCAGGCGGGGACGUGUCCAGCCUGGUGCGCAGGUAUUCUCCCGGAGCUUGGAGCAGCACACAGUCUUUCUGUUGCAUAAUGGUGAUGAAGUAUUUCCUAUCAGCAAAUCCUUGUCUUUUCCUGAGAAGCACUAUUGUAUAAAUGAUAAUCAUUACUUUGUCUUAUAGUAGAUCUUAUUAAUAUAAAUGUGCAUCUUUCAAUUCUUAUUUUUUCUUCUGCAUUGUUACUGUAGCCAACCCUCCAUCACUGAGAUACAUAAGUUUUCAGGAUCUUUUCUUUAAUUUUGAAUUUUCAUUUCUCUUUAAUGUGCUGACCAAACUUCAUGCUUUUGGGUAUUUUCUGAGAGUGGUAAGUGCACACUUUUUGGAGGGGUUAUUUUGGUUUUUGUUUUGGAUUUUUCUUAUUAGCCACCGGGUUUGGAAGUGCAAUGACUCCUUGUGCUAGUCACAUUUUUUUUUAUUUUUUUUCUUCCUGGACAUAUUUUCUGAAGGGACCAACACAUAGCACAAUUUGACUUAAAUUUCUAAUCCCAUGUAUUCCUCAAGGCAGAAACCUUUUGUGCCUAAUGAUGCAUCUGACUCUAAGAAUUGUACAUGGACAAAAUCUUUCCUAGACCAAUAAAAAAUAAGUCUUAGGUUAACUGCAUAGUAAUUACAGAAAAAUAAUAAAUUUGAAACAUUCAAAUUUAAUUCCCUCAACUUACAUUAAGUUGAACUAUUUCAGGUGCAUCGUAAGAGACAAACUCAGUGGAUAUUGAGAACAAAAGCUUUUCAGCUGCUGUAUUCAGGUUCAGUGAGUGAACAAGACUUUAAUUUUGAAUAUAUGCAGUCUUUCAGGGCUACUGAUUUAACGAGUAACUGAGUAAUGGCUUGUAUCAGAACCCUACUAAAAUUCUGCUAGUAGUUCCCCUUGAAGUGCCUAUUUAAAUUGUAUCUGCUACAAACAUAUAAAAUACACAGAUUCACCCUACAAAUUUCCAAAACUCAGGAGCAGCCAGUAUGCACAGAUCUAUGCAGGAUUCUCAACCCUCCUUCCUUGCUCUGCACUGUGCACUCUUUUAGGACAUCCACAUAUCCAGUAGACCUGCCUUUGUCUCGCUGAUCAUUUACUGUCCAGCACAGUCAUCCUAAAUUCUCAGUGCUGAAAAUGUAGGAAAUGUUAGACUUAAAAGCAACUGCAUUGAAGGAGCGUUGGUAUCCUAAUCUUCUGACACAUCCUUCAGUAUAGGGGUGUCAGUAGAAUAAGCAGGGAAUUCUGCAUAAAAAUAGUUGAGUAAGUGGCAUUUGGGGCCUAAAUAGACCUUUAUUCUGUAAAAUAAAAAAGCCUUUACUCUUUUUUUAAAGCAGUUGCUGAGAAGAAUUUUUCUGGUACUGGAAGUUCUAAAGCUUAAUAGUGAUUCUGAGGAUCUCACAUCUGCAUGACCUGACAAUCUUAGUCAUUUGAAUUUGGGAACACUUGACCUGAAAUUCUUUGUUCCUUUGGAGUUUUUUGAUGUGAUGGCUGAGAUUUUCAGAAUGACUUAAGGAAUUUGGAUGUCCAUUUACCACUCUUACUCCAGGAGGUCAAAAACACUCUUUAGGGACAGCAACCUGUAUCCACUAUAAGAAAAGCAGGUACUAGUAUUGGACAAAUAUUAUCUCUUCCUCCUUAGAAGGUUUCCUUUCUUUCAGCACCCCAAGACAGUGUGGAAAAUCCACCAAACAGUUCUGCAGACAUUCUAACAGCAGGGAUUCAAAGGUGGGCCAGAUCAACAGUCAUACACUAAACCAGAGUUUUCUACUAAAAUAAAGUUGCUUGUUUGGUCCUUUUUGUGUAACUUUUGCUAAAUACUUCUAAAUUUCUAGGAAAGUUGUCUUUUGCCAGUACUAAUGACUUAUUUUUAAAGAUGUAUAACCAAAAUUUUAUAACUUUCCAUAAAUUUUGGCUGAAUAGACCCCUUAAAUAGUUUAUAUAUCAUAUAGCCUCUGGGUAACUAGUAAAUCUUGGAUCAUUGUGCAAAUUAUAGUAUGGCUUUUGUUCCAUAAGGAUACAUGAAGGAAUCACUUACUGAACUUAAGAAGUUGAAUGCAGAAAACAUUUGAGGGGCAGAUCUGCAGCUUGGGUAAACUGGCAGAGUUCAGUGGAAGCUACUCUAUGUCAGCUGUGGAUCUUCUUCAGUGUUGAAGGCAUUUCCUAUACAUAAUUUUUCUGUCUUACUGUAAAACAAUUUCAUAUUGUUAAACUGUAUUUUCCUAUAUUGUUCUGCAAGUUUAUAUGCACCACAGUGCUCAUCUCAUCUCCUGUAAAAUAAACUGUACAGAGACACAUUGAGCAUGGAAUUGUCUUUACCCAGUUGCUUUUUCUCCUACCAAAGCCACAGGCCUUUUGAAUGCAGUAUCAUCACAGAAUACUUGGGGUGCCAUAUGCACAUGUACUGCUUUGUUGAUACCAGCUUAAUGGAGCUUGAAUUUGCAGUCACAUCACUUGGGUGUAAACUACUUGUACUUCUUCUUUUCAAGUCUUUGCAUGAUAUUCAGAUGAAUACAGUCCCUAAAAUUUUAAUUUUUAUUAGGAAAUCAACUUAAGAAACACCUGUAGUUAAGAGGUUUUGUUUCUUAAGCAGGCAGGCAAGCUGACCGUGAUCAGUUUGAAAGCAGUUGCCGUGAAAUGGGCAUGCCUUAAAUGAUCUGUAAAAGUUUUCUACACCCAGUCAGAACUUUACCUGCAAGUUCCAGAUGCAUCUUGAAGCUUAGCUGAAAAGAAAACACUGUUGUAAAAUGUUGUUGUUAAUAAAUUGUUCUACUUUGAA